UCGUGCUUCGAAACAGACGUGUGCUGUCCAACAGUUGUAGUGUGUGAGCUUUUUAUUGCCGACGCUGUCUGUGUGCAAGGCACGUACGAAUAAUACUUUUGACUUGUGCCGCGUUGCAUUGCAAUAAAUCAGGCGAAAAAGUAUUUGAUUAAUAAACAAAUGCAGCCAAUCGAAAUGUACAUUGAAUGCGCAUUCGAUUUUAGUUGAUUAACACAUCGACAGUGUGUGGGUGCAAUCUUCUUUUGUGGAGUGCGCAACGUUCCGUUGCUUUAGAUUUUUCGUAUAUUUGAAACUAACGCUCAAAAGUGCCGCGAUUGCAUUGUUUUUGUUGUGACUUUGAUCGUGUGCUACACCUCGCGCGCGUUGUGCUCCCCUCUCUAUCUCUGUCUCUGUGUCUCUCACCCAUCUACUCUCAUCAACUUCAACUACCUAACCGUAACUUGCAAGCGCGUGCGUGUCGUAACUUUUGAUUAGCUGUCGUCUCAUCGCAGUCGCAGCAAAGUCUUUCCACGUCGAGAAGCCUCAGUGCACCCUUUGGAACAUUGCGCUUCGCGUCGUAUAUAUUUUUGUUCGUUUUUCGUAAGUUAUCGCCGCCUACAUCGCAUAUCUUUUGCAGUUGCAGUUGCCGCAUCGAAGUGCCCCAGAAAUUGUAAACAAGUGAAUAUAAUAAAUAUAAUGUGUCAAUAUUCGUAAUUUGUCGGAAUAUUCGUGUAACGAAAGGUGUGCUCUAAGCUUUGGCUGAUUGCUGUUGUUGUUGUCUGGCGGUUAUAUCAUUCCGUCGACGGAGAGACGCGACAACAAUACGCAAUACAUUUGCAAUAACUAAGCAACAGAAAUUACACAACAACAACAACAAUAAUAAAGACGACAACAACAUCAAAAACAUGAAACUGUCCAUCGAUAAAAGACCCAAAGGCGUGGCCUGCACCGCGCUCUUGCUGCCCUCGAUUGUGUGUCUCUGCCUCGGCCUGUGUCUGUUGCAGCUGCAGCAACUGGGAGUCGAGGCACACGUGGCCCUCACGUAUCCACCUGCACGAGCUUAUGACUUGGAUUUCUUGGAUAAUGCGCGCACAAAGGCGCCAUGUGGUAUGCCCAAAGGUUCCAUACGCACCUCUUUGUUGUCUGGCACACAGUUUAAUGUUACCUGGCAUUUGGCCUAUGCACACAGGGGCGGCUUCCGUUUGCAAUUGCUGGAUGCACUCGACAGACCCGUAUUGGAUCUAACACCUCACGUUAAUGGCUCGGAAUUUGUGCGCACAGAUGCGACAUCCCCCAUCACCUACAGGGCUCAGUCGUAUAUGGUGAGCAUUCCCAAGGAUUUCGAAUGCUUCAAUUGUACGUUGCGUUUGCUGCGUCAGGCCGAUGAAUGGUCGACUGCCUAUCGCUUCUGGUCCUGCGCUGAUGUGGACAUCAAGCAGCGCAAGGAUUUCCGUGAAACCUGUUCAGGACAUGGCAAAAACAUUGCAUCGCGCUGCAAGUGCGAUAAGAACUUCUAUGGUCCACAAUGUCAGUAUCACGAUGAGUGCAGCAGCAAUGCCGAUUGCGGUGUCCAAGGCAAGUGCAUUGAUAUCGACAGCACCUCGUUGCCCCGUCGUCAGUGCUACUGCAACUUUGGGUGGUACGGUAUUGGUUGCAACAAGCGUUCUCCCUAUAAGUCGACCAGCCUGGAUCUUACUUCGUAUACUAUGAAGGAACUGUCGCCUGACUAUCAUAUGUACUGGCGCCUGCUGGAGGAGCAAAAGGAGAUUGAGGUGGUGCUCAAGGUUAACAGCACCUCUUGGGUAGGCUUGGGCUGGCGUCCACGUGGCAUGACUCCGGAGUGUAAGAACUUCCCGUUGUUGCGUGAUAUGGGAGAUUUGACAACAACCCUCGAGAGCUCGGCUCCCGAGCCAAAGAGCGAACCGGAGCCUAAGAGCGAACCAGAGCCCAAGAGCGAGCCAGAGCCAAAGAGCGAGCCGGAGCCAAAGAGCGAACCGGAGCCAAAGAGCGAACCAGAGCCCAAGAGCGAGCCAGAGCCAAAGAGCGAGCCGGAGCCAAAGAGCGAACCGGAGCCAAAGAGCGAACCCGAGCCCAAGAGCGAACCCGAGCCUAAGAGUGAACCAGAACCCAAGAGCGAACCUGAACCCACAAGUGAACCUCAAGCAGAGCCAUCUGCCGAACCGAGUGCAAAGACAAAGCGCGUUGCCAAACACGAUCCUGACUUCGGCAACAUUGAUGGCGUUACCUCAGUGGCCACCAGUGUCUCCUAUCGCGUCAGCACAAAAUCGGGACGUAGCCGCCGCCAAGCAACAGAGCCAAAUAGCACAGCGGAACCAAAGAGCGAACCAGAGCCAACAAGCGAACCGGAACCAACGACAAGCGCACCGGAACCGAAGAGCGAACCUGAGCCGAAGAGCGAGCCGGAACCAAAGAGCGAACCUGAACCAAAAAGUGAGCCUGAGCCUAAAAGUGAACCAGAGGCCAAGAGUGAGCCGGAGCCUAAGAGCGAACCAGAGCCCAAGAGUGAACCGGAACCUAAGAGUGAACCGGAGCCCAAGAGUGAACCAGAGCCCAAGAGUGAUCCGGAGCCUAAGAGCGAACCAGAGCCCAAGAGCGAACCAGAGCCCAAGAGUGAACCGGAGCCUAAGAGCGAACCGGAGCCCAAGAGUGAACCGGAGCCCAAGAUUGAACCGGAGCCUAAGAGCGAACCGGAGCCCAAGAGUGAGCCCGAACCCAAAAGUGAACCAGAACCCAAGAGUGAACCGGAACCUAAGAGUGAACCAGAGCCUAAGAGUGAGCCAGAACCUAAGAGUGCACCCGAACCCAAGAGCGUGCAAGCUCCCAAAAAGUCCGCAAAUCUUGAGUCAGCAGAACCCAAGUACAAACUUAACCCGUAUACACCUCGGCACGACUUCAAUCCCAUGGACUGCACGGAUAUUGUUAUUGGCUCGGCACGUGGCAUGGCCAGUCGCGUGGGAGAUUACUACUCUCGGGAUCGUUCCACACCCAAAUUGGACGAGGUCUUUGGUGGUAAAUCCGAUUUGGCUUUGGGUACCGGUUUCGAGGAGAAUGGUGUGACCACCAUUAUAUUCCGCAAGAAACUGGUGGCAACAGAACCAACCGAUCACACACUGGACGAUGCGCUCACUCAUGUUAUCUGGGCAAGGGGUCAGGAACCACAGAAGUAUGUGCAUGUGCCAGCCUCCGGUUUAGAAACUGAGCCCUCAUCCGUUAAGGACUUCUAUCAACCGGAUGAGCUGAAAUACCACGGACAUCAAAUGCAACGCGGCGUCACCCAAAUUAACUUCUUUGAAAAAGAUAAGUCCGCUGCUGAAGUCGAUCGCAAUGAUCUGAGCACAAAUGUGCUUGAUAAUGAUUGUUAUGGUCACUGGAAAUAUCCCUCAAACUGCUCGCCCCAGGAACAUACUUGCGAGUACUACGCUUCAUGGGAAACCGCUGGACGUGGUGAUGAUAUCCGCUGGCACAUCGAGACAACAAACACACAAACCUGGACUGGCAUUGGCUUCAGCGAUGAUCAGCGCAUGUCACAAACUGAUGCCAUCAUUGGCUGGGUUGAUGGACGCAGUGGUCGUCCCUUCCUCAUGGACACCUGGGUACUUGGCUACGCUCCACCCAAAUUGGAUGAUCGCCAGGACAUUACCAAUGCAUCCGGUCGCAUUGAGAAGGGUGUGACCAUCUUAGAGUUCAAUCGCAAACGCAUCAGCAACGAUGAGCAAGAUCUCUCCUUCACCGAUGAUCAUUGUCUGUAUCUGUUCUUCCCCGUGCUCGGUGGUGCCUUUAAUGUUGUUAACAAGAAGACACGCAAGCACGAACAGGUGCCAGUAGUUUCGCCCCAACGCGUUUGCAUCAAAUCCUGCGGCAAAGAACUAGAGGCUGUUUUUGUGGGCACUAGCACACCAGCGCCAAGUCGCUUAGUGUAUGCCGUAGGUGUGAAGUUGAUGAACUUGGCCGAAUCCUUUGAAGCACCCAAGCCUGGCACUGUAGACUUUAAUAAUCUGGCAGCCACCAUUUCGGACUCCUUCAAUGGCAUACUCUCGCCAAUUCCCGGUUACUACAAGACCGAAAUUAUUGGUUUCGAAAAAGAGGGCAGCUCCAUGGUAGCCAAGGUACAGGCGCUAUUCGACAAGUCCGAUGUGGAGAAGAAGCACGCCCUGGAUACGAAUAACAUUGAGAAGACAAGCGAGGCGGCCGUUGAGAAGAAUGCGGAAGUUAUCAAGACAGCGCUACAAGAUCAAUUGGCUACCGGCAAGGUGGGAUCUCUAACAGUGGAUCCACAGUAUUUGGACUUUGAGGCUCUCGAAUUUAAGAGUGCUCAAGAACCCAGUGCUAAAGACACAUUGCUGUCCUUCUUCGAUCUGUCGGAGACACGUUUGUAUAUUGUGCUAGGUUUGAUUGCAGCCCUUGUCCUGAUCGCCCUGAUUCAAGCCUUCUGCACCAUAUUGAAAACGUCCCGCAAGAGCAAAAAUACCAAGGAGAAACUCAUACAGAACUCUCCCUGGAAAGAGUUUGCCUCCAACACGAACUAUGCCUUUGAUCCAUAUGGCGAAACCGAAGAGAAGCACAUGACAAGCAGCACCACCGCAAAGGAGAAGGCACGCAAUCGUUCCACGUCCAGCAGCCAACAGACCACGCUGCCCAUGUCCCACUCACCCACAAGCAAAUCCCAAAUGUACUAUGAAAACACCAAUGGCAAGAGCAGCAGCAAUGGCCAUGGCAAUGGCAACAGCCGCUCCAACGGUCGCCACAUGACACAAGAGAGCAGCGCUGGCGGCAGUAUGUCCACUGCUCCAGGACCUUAUUCCCGAGGUAGCUAUGCGGAGCGUGCUUAUUCGCUGCCCCGCCAGAAUCAUCAUUAUCAACAGAGCUCGGCAAACAUGCAGCCAUCUGGAUAUUAUACGCACGAUCGUCGGGCUGCGCGACAUGAGCGCGAGCGUGAGCGGGAACGAGGCGAGGAGCGACGUCAUCGCCAUGAGCGGGACUCCAGCUACGAUAGAUCCCGCGAUGAUCCGCGUUUGAAUGGCGGCGCUGAUACGCCAGACUUUUACUUUAUGCCAUCGCAACGCAAAUACUCCGGCGAAGUAGUGCGCGUCUAUGUGGACUACAACAAGGAUCCGAAGAACUAGGAACAGACGCACACACGCACAGAACAAAAACAUCCUCGAUGAGAGUGCAUGCACAACAAGAAAGUUACAAUUUAUUUAAAAAAUCUUGAUUUAAGCUUUUCUUCUAUCAUUCCGUCCUUCUUCCACAACCUCAAUCUGUUGCUUCUCGUUUCGAUUGCCAUAAAGCAGUUUCACUGCAUACGUUUCACAAUGUUGGGGGACGAGGGAUUCCCCCUUUUCACUUUGGGUGCGUAAGCUUUAUAAUGACGCACACACAAAAAAAACAAACAAACACACAGAGACAAACAAACACAAAGUUAAUGAUGCAGUUCAGGAAAUGUUUAAACAAAUGACAAAAAGAAAUCCACAGUUUAGUAAAUUGUAAAUAUUUUGCAUAGAAUAUAAUGGUCUGAACAAGUAAGUAUUGAUUCAGGACUUUUGCAAUGUUUUCUCUUCAAUGUGCAAAGAAAAAUAGUCACUGUAUUUAAUCAAAUUAAAUAUAUGUAUGUUAAUCUAAAGUUUAAUAAUGUUGAGCGCAUAAUACGACGAUAAUACUCGUACAAAAUGUUUAAUUUUACAUUACAAUACAUUAAUUAAGUACAUAUUAAUAAAGCUAGACAUGUAAU